AUGGAGUUGGUUUCCCAGUUGACUUCGAAAGUUGCCUUCCGGUUAAAUUAUACCCGAUCACGUGAUACGGUGGACGACGACAUCUCUUCGGGGCUCGUAAUGAGGGACAUUGUGAUGGAAACCCAAGUUGGAGGAUGUCACCCUCUAGGCCAACGAAAAGGCAAAGAAUCUAUAGGGCAUGCGAUCAAUGUCGUCGGCGGAAGUCAAAGUGUGACGGUGAGCAGCCUGCUUGCUCUAUCUGCCGAGCGGGCGACCGUUCCUGCACUUACGAAAAUGGCGGUGGCCGGCGAGGCCUGGCGCCUGGAUAUCGAAAACACGGUACACGGCCUUUUGGCGAAAUCACGAAACAAUGACCACUUCCUUGCCAAAGACCCUGCGACUUUGUGGCGUAAGUCCCGACUCGCCAAAGAGAUGCCUGUUCUUCUCGAUCAUGAUUCUCAGGAGAGCUCUACACUCACUGUCGCCGAUGAACCUGAAUGGGAUACCCUGGAGAUCUCCAGCACGCCAGACGUGACGACUGGUGGUAUUGGCCCUUCAACAACAGGACCGAAUGAACUCAUAUCUCAACAGCCCACUACAUCAAACUGUCGAAGCUUGCCAGCGAUCCUAGAUCUGGCGUAUCCAGUGGAUACACUCAACAUCCUGGACAACUAUUUCAAAUACACACACUGCUGGUUUCCGAUUUUGGAGCACCAUGACAUGCUAAGAACAAUGCACACUAGCGCCCAGUUGCGAAAAGUUCAUCGAGAAGGAUCAAGCCUAGUCCUCUGGGCUCUCGUGGCAUACGAAACACUCCAAAGUGACACAAACGACACGGCAUAUCCAGAUCAUCUACACAUCCAAACCGAGAUUCUCUCUCAAAACAACAAGAAGAAGGAAACAUCAGUGAAGACAGCAUGGAAGAAUGGAGCGUUUGGGCAAACACUUUGGAACGCUCACAGAGUCGAAAUCAAAAUUUGCCCCAGGGACCUCUACGAGCCUUGA